UAUGCCGAAAUAAAAUAUCUGGGGUCAAUUGCGGACUAUAUAAAAUCCAAUGAGAAGUCUGCUAUUGACAAUAGACUGAAAACUUGAAUUAUCGAUUGCAAAACUAGCAAAUAAUACUAUGUCAUUCAACCAAGAAUUCACCGAUUAUGUUAAGGACUCAUUUGGGCCCAAAGCUUCGCCCAAGACACACCGUAUCCUUGGGUCUUUGAUCCAGCACAUUCAUGAUUUCACUAGAGAAAAUCAUAUCACGGUAGAUGAAUGGAUGUGGGGAGUCAAUUUUAUUAACCGUAUUGGUCAGAUGUCAGAUGCUCAAAGGAACGAAGGUAUUUUGGUGUCCGAUGUUAUUGGUUUAGAAGCUCUUGUUGAUUCUAUUACUCAUGCUUCAGACUCUAAAGGUCAUACAUCUUCGGCUAUUAUUGGUCCAUUCUAUCGUGAAAAUUCACCAGAAUAUCCUUAUGGAGGCUCUAUUAUUCAGCAAGAAGUUGGAGGUGAAAAGACCCUUGUUUCUGGUAAAGUUACUGAUACCCAUGGUAAUGCAUUAAAAGGCGCUAAAAUUGAAGUUUGGCAUUGUGCUCCAAAUGGUUUAUAUGAACAACAAGAUCCAGACCAAGUUGAUUACAAUUUAAGAGGUACUUUCUACGCAGAUGAGGAAGGAAAGUAUGCUUUUGUUGGAUUAAGACCAACUGCUUACCCUAUUCCUUACGAUGGUCCAGCCGGUGACUUAUUGACCCUCAUGGAUAGAUCACCAAUGAGACCGGGCCAUAUCCACUGGAGAGUUACUCACCCUACCUACCACUCUUUAAUCACUCAAAUUUAUGAUCGUGAGUGUAAGCACACUAAAGAUGAUACUGUUUUUGCUGUUAAGGAUGAUAUCAUUGUAGACUUCAAGCCAUUAGGUGAUGUACCAGAAUAUAAAAGCCAAGGAGUAGUUAACAGAUUAGACUACGAUAUUGUGUUGAUUUUAGAGGAAGAAAUUCAAAAAACUCGUCAAAAGGUUCGUGAUCACCAAGCUGCUUCUGAGAAGUCUAUCAUUGACAGAAAGAAUCUGCUUGCUUAGAGAAGAAAGAAAUUUUAUUUAUGGCUGCCUAGCGCAGCAAAUAUGUAUGUUAAUGAAUGAAAUACUGAAUGAAUUAUUGCUGAGAGAUAAUAUUAAACUGUAGUUUAACAAUACCAGAAGUGAUACCUUUCUUCCCAAUUAAUAUUAGGGAGUUAGUAAACCCAAACAUGUGCAUUCUGCUAUCUCUUUCAUUACUUGAAGCUUUUUAUACUAAUUCACUUGAGAUGUGGCUAGCCAGCUUAUGAUUAUUCAUUAAACUCCUGUAAAUAAAAGAUACUCAACAAGAUAUUCAACAAGUAUCUUGUAAUACUAAAUCCACGAGUACAAGGACUGUCAUCAGUGGUUCAUGUAAAAUGAAGGCAA